GGGAUGUGGCCAAGGAAGCAGCAUGGAAAGUAAAACCCUGGAAAAGGAAGGCAAAGUGGGCGGUGACGCGGCCCAUACGCAGUAGCCACAGAGCAGGAGCUCAUCUUUCUCGAGGGACAGGCUGAGGACUUGGCUACUCCCCUGACCAUACAUGGCUUGGCCAGGGCUCUCUUGGAGCCACCUCUCACCCUGCCUCCCCAGCUCUCUCAGCUGGUGUUCAUACAGAUGGGAGACACAAGCCAGUGAGAAAGGAGCUUGCCGAGCACAGUGUGUGGAGAAGGUUCUGGGGAAGCUGUCAGAAAUGAGUUUUUCCCUGAACUUCACACUGCCGGGGAACACGGUGAGUACAGCAGUCCCAGUCCCUGCUCACCAGACUUCCUCUCCUGUUACAGGUGGGAAAGAAGCAGACUGUGGGCCAUCUCUCGGAUUAGCAGCAGGCAUCCCAUCCAUAGUGGCCACAGCCCUGCUGGUGGCUCUGCUAUUCACAUGGAUUCACCGAAGAAGAAGUAGCACUGAAUCCAUGGAGGAAAGUGAAAGACCAUGUGAAAUUUCAGAAAUUGAUAAUAAUCCCAAGAUACCUGAGAAUCCUAGGCGAUCACCCACACGUGAGAUGAAUACCAUGGGAGCACAAGAAGCCCACAUAUAUGUGAAGACCGUGGCAGCAAGAGAGGAGCCCAUGCGUGACCCUUACCGCCCUACUGUAGAAAUGGAGAGGAGGAGGGGGCUGUGGUGGCUUAUACCCAGACUGAGCCUAGAGUGAUGUGGUUCAGGCCAGGAGCAGGCCUGGGGCUGAAACAGGCCCAGGUGGUGUUGGGCCCACUGAGCACGGCAGGCAAACGGUAAUCAGUUUGCCCCAGCAGGUAGAGGUGGGGAACCUGCGGCCUUCUGAUUUCAUGGUUGUUCUUUUAUCAGUACCAAGGAAGACAAGAAAAGCUUCAUAUUUCUCUGCAUCACCCCUUUAAUAAAAGGAUUUGUUCUGUAAAAUUUGGAUUCAGUUAAAAGGCCACAUUCAAGGAUCCAGAGGCCACUGUGGCCCCAAGCCCAUAGUCCCCCAACUAUGUGCAGGCAGCUCUUCUUCCUUUUUUCACACCUUUCCCCCUUUCUGCUGUUCCCCUGUUUCAUCCUUAAUACUAAUUACAUUUCCUUUGUGACUUUGGGUAAACUCCCUUCCUAGCAUGUGUCAGAUAUCCCAGCACCCACCUGGCCUCAAAGACACAUCAUUCAUUGCUCCCACUGUGUCUGUGAUCAGAGAGUGUUUAAGGAAGCCAGUUCUGCAACAGGCUGUGUGUGUGAGUGUGUGUGCGUGUGUGUGUUGAAAGAAAUGAUGGGCAAGGGAAAGCAAGAGUUGCUCCAAGAGAUUAUCAGAAAUGAGGGCUGUAUCCAUUCUGGGGGAAUGGAGAAAAGGCCCAAGUCCUUGGACUGUCAUGUGAAAAAACUGGUAGGAAGAGAGAUCAAAAGGACCCAGGCAGAUAAAGACAGGACUAAAGGAAUGGGCCAAAUGGCAACAUGCCUUCCAUCUAAGGGAAGCCCAUGGGUAGCUUCUGCUGGCUGUGGCCAGGCCUCCACCUUCACUCCCCUGAAGAUGCUUCCAGAUUGCUGGUUCCUGCAUACACAGCUACUGCCCCUGAGCAGGCCAGGCCUCCUGGUGGGAAAGCCUGGGUCCAGGGCAUCUUGGGGCCCAUCCACCAGCUCCAUGAGCCACACUGAUAUCCUAGAAAACAUUCCUUUCUCACAAAGAGCUUGUGAGUUCUCAGAAAUGUGCCCCUUUUCCCCGAAUAAUCAAGAAUGGGUUCUAUAAAAAAAAACUUUGUCACGUGUCAACACUUGCUCUUCAAAGGGCCUUGUGAAAUUCAAGUUUGUGCCAAGUUGCCUGGGUCUAGUCACCUUGACUAGCAGAUCUAUUUUUAAGCAGACAUGCCCAGUGAUCCUGAUGCUUACACUUGUCUCUCACACAUCAGAUAGAACACUAGAUUUACUGAAAACUCAGCUGUGGCCUUGGCUUUGAUACCUGUAGGUGUCAGCUCCAGGGCAGACUGUUGAGCACUCAGGGCCUCAAUUCUGUACUUGUAAAGAGCAAUUCUCAUCUUCCUACCCCACACAGGGGUUGUGAAGCUGGAUUGAAAUAUGCAUACGAAUAAGCCUUUAAAAUAAGGUGUGAUUUGUAUUUUGGAUUGCUUAUUUUAAUUCUACUUACAAUCGAUUGCUUAGAAUCUUUAUUUCAAAUUGUUUCUAUUAAACUAGCAAGGUUCAGUAUUUCUGUCAUUUAUUUCGGCUAUGAUGCACAAGAAUUUGUUUUGUAAUAAAAUGAAAAGUAAAAUGGCCA